CUUUUUUUCAUUGUCUACUUUUUAGUCUGUGUUCAACCUUCUAACGAGGGGCAGUGUCGUUAUUCUAAAAAAAAGUACCUCCAAUGUCAAACAAAUAAAUUGCGUAGUGUUGUAUUAGUUUAAAAAGUUUUGUGUUAUUAAAAUAUUAGUUUAGUUAUGUAAUAUUAAAUAAACAAGGCGUUCAUGAUGUGGAGAUACCAAGCUACUUUUGCGACUCUCCUUUUGGUGGUAUCAGGUUUAAACCUAGACCCAGCGCAGCCCAAAGAUGACAAUGAGGUGACGCCGGACACAAAAUGUAUGACAAAGGACAACGAGCCAGGCGUGUGCGUGGUUUACUAUUUGUGUAAUGAAAACGGCACGUUGAAUACAGAUGGUGCUGGUAUUAUAGAUAUACGAAUCGGAGAAAGCGCGUGUCCAUCAUAUUUGGACGUGUGCUGUCGUUCUUCUAAUAUCAGAGAUAGUGACGAUCCAAUCACUCCGAAACCGGAAAAUCAUGACGGUUGUGGUUGGCGGAACCCGAAUGGGGUCGGUUUCGUAUCGACCGGUGACCCGAGCGGGGAUUUCGCGAAAUUCGGGGAAUUCCCCUGGAUGGUGGCUGUUUUAAGACAAGAACCAGUAAACGAGAACGACGCAAACUCCCAACUUUUCGACCUAUACAUAGGUGGAGGUUCCCUAAUCCACCCUAGUGUUGUGCUCACAGCGGCUCAUAUUGUCGAUGAAGAACAUCACUAUAGAGCUAGAGCGGGAGAAUGGGAUACACAGACGACGAAAGAGAUAUAUCCCAAUCAAGAGAAGAGAGUAGAUAAGGUGGUAGUGCAUGAGGAGUUUAAUAAGCGUAACCUUCACAACGACAUAGCACUCCUAUUCCUAGCGUCCCCAAUGCAACGUGCCCCUAACGUGGGUUUCGCCUGUUUGCCCCCACUUGGCUAUGUCCCCACUACGGGGGCACCUUGCUUUGCCUCCGGGUGGGGCAAAAAUGAAUUCGGGGAGAAGGGACGGUACCAGGUUAUAUUGAAAAAGGUAGAAAUCUCAGUAGUAGAACGGGACGAUUGCCAGGAACGACUGCGACGUACAAGAUUGGGGAAAUUCUUCAAAUUGAGCAAGAGUUUCAUGUGUGCGGGGGGAGUGGAGGGGAAGGAUACGUGCAAGGGGGAUGGGGGGUCGCCCCUCGUGUGUCCUGUACGGAAUCAAGAAAACCGGUAUUAUGAAACCGGUAUUGUCUCAUGGGGUAUCGGUUGCGGCCAAGAUAGCACUCCCGGUGUUUAUGUAAAUGUUGCCGUAUUUAGAGAUUGGAUCGAUCGAACGAUGAUACUCAACGGAUAUGACACUGCGACGUAUUCUUUAGUUAAUAAAUGAUUUUAAUAAAA